CCCUCCCCUCCCUCUUUCGAUUGUGUGGAGGUCCCGGAUUUCCCAGCACAAAAAAAAGCCCGACUGUGCCGCGAUCCCGGUGCAGGCCGAGGGUGCCGCCGCCGCCACUGCCACCGCCACCGCCGCGGCCAACCCCCCACCGCCACCCACCGUGGGCUGCGCCACUCCUCGGACCACCAUGAGCGGCGCCAGGAACAACCGGGUGAUGAUGGAGGGAGUCGGGGCCCGAGUGGUGCGGGGCCCUGACUGGAAGUGGGGCAAGCAGGACGGGGGAGAGGGGCAUGUGGGCACCGUCAGAAGCUUCGAGAGCGCCGAGGAGGUGGUGGUGGUCUGGGAUAACGGCACCGCCGCCAACUACCGCUGCUCCGGGGCCUACGACCUGCGCAUUUUGGACAGCGCACCGACAGGAAUCAAGCAUGAUGGAACAAUGUGCGAUACAUGCCGUCAGCAGCCAAUUAUUGGAAUUCGUUGGAAGUGUGCAGAGUGUACCAAUUAUGACCUUUGCACAGUUUGCUACCAUGGUGAUAAGCACCACCUGAGGCACAGAUUCUAUAGAAUCACUAUUCCUGGAAGCGAGAGAGUUUUGUUGGAGUCUAGACGGAAAUCAAAGAAGAUAACAGCAAGAGGCAUAUUUGCUGGAGCAAGGGUAGUACGUGGAGUGGAUUGGCAAUGGGAGGACCAAGAUGGGGGCAAUGGACGAAGAGGAAAGGUGACUGAAAUUCAAGAUUGGAGUGCUUCUAGUCCUCACAGUGCAGCCUACGUUUUGUGGGACAAUGGAGCAAAGAAUUUAUACAGAGUUGGGUUUGAAGGCAUGUCCGACUUGAAAUGUGUGCAAGAUGCAAAAGGAGGUUCCUUUUACAGAGAUCACUGUCCUGUGUUGGGUGAACAAAAUGGGAGCCGGAAUCCUGGUGGCCUGCAGAUUAGUGAUCUUGUCAAUAUUGAUCUGGAUUUAGAAAUUGUUCAGUCAUUACAGCAUGGGCACGGAGGUUGGACUGAUGGCAUGUUUGAGACAUUAACUACCACUGGCACAGUCUGUGGCAUUGAUGAAGACCAUGACAUUGUUGUUCAGUAUCCAAGUGGGAACAGAUGGACAUUCAAUCCUGCAGUUCUGACCAAGGCUAACAUGGUUAGAAGUGGAGAUGUGGCACAGGGAGCGGAAGGUGGAUCAUCACCAUUUAAUGUUGGCGAUCUGGUUCAAAUCUGUUAUGAUCUGGAACGAAUCAAACUUCUGCAGCGAGGUCAUGGAGAAUGGGCUGAAGCUAUGCUUCCUACUUUGGGGAAAGUUGGGCGUGUGCAGCAGAUUUACUCUGACAGUGAUCUGAAAGUAGAAGUAUGUGGGACAUCUUGGACGUACAACCCUGCUGCUGUUACUAAAGUAGCAUCGGCUGGAUCUGCUGUGAGCAAUGCUUCCGGUGAGCGUUUGUCGCAACUAUUGAAAAAACUAUUUGAAACACAAGAAUCGGGAGACGUCAAUGAAGAACUUGUUAAAGCUGCAGCCAAUGGUGAUGUUGCAAAAGUGGAAGAAAUAAUGGCACGGCCAGAUGUUGAUGUGAAUGGUCAGUGUGCGGGACACACUGCAAUGCAGGCAGCUAGCCAGAAUGGACAUGUGGAUGUUCUGAAGCUUCUCCUCAAACACAGUGUUGACUUGGAAAUUGAGGAUAAAGAUGGGGACCGAGCUGUUCACCACGCAUCAUUUGGGGAUGAAGGAGCAGUUAUUGAUGUUUUACACAGAGGAGGAGCCGAUCUAAAUGCUCGGAAUAAACGGAGACAGACUCCAUUGCACAUUGCUGUAAAUAAAGGUCAUUUGCAAGUUGUCAAGACUUUACUAGAUCUUGGAUGCCACCCAAGCCUCCAGGACUCUGAAGGUGACACACCUCUUCAUGAUGCAAUAAGCAAAAAACGGGAUGAUAUGCUCUCUGUGCUGAUUGAAUCAGGUGCAGAUGUAACAAUCACCAACAAUAAUGGUUUCAAUGCUCUCCAUCAUGCUGCACUGCGAGGAAACCCCAGUGCCAUGCGUGUGUUACUUUCCAAACUUCCAAGGCCUUGGAUUGUGGAUGAGAAAAAGGAUGAUGGAUAUACUGCUUUACAUUUAGCAGCUCUGAACAAUCACGUUGAAGUGGCAGAAUUAUUAGUGCACCAGGGCAGUGCUAACCUGGAUAUCCAGAAUGUUAACCAGCAAACAGCAUUACAUUUAGCUGUUGAGCGGCAGCAUACUCAAAUUGUUCGGCUAUUGGUUCGUGCUGGUGCAAAAUUGGAUAUCCAAGAUAAAGAUGGUGAUACACCUCUUCAUGAAGCUCUACGCCAUCACACUUUGUGUCAGCUCCGUCAACUACAGGAUAUGCAGGAUGUGGGAAAAGUAGACAGUGGCUGGGAACCUUCCAAGAACACAUUGCUUAUGGGCCUUGGGACACAGGGAGCAGAUAAAAAGAGUGCGGCUUCUAUCGCUUGCUUCCUAGCUGCAAAUGGAGCCGAUCUUGCUAUUCGAAAUAAAAAAGGACAGUCACCACUUGACCUUUGCCCAGAUCCAAACCUCUGUAAAGUCCUGGCAAAAUGUCACAAAGAGAAAGUCAGUGGGCAUGUGGGAUCACGUAGUCCUUCCAUGAUUAACAAUGACACAGAGACUUUGGAAGAGUGCAUGGUUUGUUCAGAUAUGAAGCGUGAUACUUUAUUUGGACCCUGUGGACACAUUGCUACUUGCUCCCUUUGCUCACCACGUGUUAAAAAAUGCCUUAUCUGUAAAGACCAAGUUCAGUCUCGAACAAAGAUUGAGGAAUGUGUGGUAUGUUCUGAUAAGAAGGCAGCAGUGCUUUUCCAGCCUUGUGGUCACAUGUGCGCCUGUGAGAAUUGUGCAAGCCUCAUGAAAAAGUGUGUGCAAUGCCGGGCUGUUGUGGAACGUAGAGUGCCUUUUAUCAUGUGUUGUGGUGGGAAAGGUACGGAAGAUUCCAAUGAUGAUCUUAGUAGUGGAAAUAUUACACCUCUGCAGCGAGACAAGGACAAUACCAAUGUCAAUGCUGAUGUGCAGAAGCUCCAACAACAGUUACAAGAUAUUAAGGAGCAGACUAUGUGUCCUGUUUGCCUGGAUCGUUUGAAGAACAUGAUUUUCCUCUGUGGACAUGGAACAUGUCAGCUUUGUGGUGAUCGAAUGAGUGAAUGCCCUAUCUGUCGCAAAGCUAUAGAACGCAGGAUUUUACUGUAUUGAACAAAGAGUAUUGUCCGAGUACAAAACAGAGCACUGCACCUGUAUCAUAGUCCCAAAUAAAUUAUUUUUGGUAGUCCUUUUGUUUGUGGUAUGAUAGUUGAACCAUGAAUAGAGCAUUUUCUGUCAUAAAGUUAAGUAUGGGAAAUCAAAAAUGUAUAUGCAUAGUUCUUUACAAGCAGUCAUCUAAACACAUUGUUGAUGAGGUUUGUCUUGUUAGUAUCAGCUCUAAAUCCAGCUCCCAAUGUAUCCAAUGGAAUUCCUCCAGUUGAUAAAAAGGCUCUUUUGGCUACAAUAGGAAAAUAGCCAUUUUUUUUUCUGAGUGAGUACACAGAACAAAAUAUACCUGCUGAGUGCUUAACACAUUUUCUUAAUAUUAUGUACAUCAAUAACUAGUUCUUAAAAUUUAACAACUUCAACACAGAAAAUUCUUACAUUUAUUUAGGUUUUUUGCAUAUUUCUGUUGCAGAGACACUUAACUCACCUGUGACUAAUUUUCUAGAAAUAAAAAUAAACGGCAAUGGUUUAUCAUCUACAUUGUUCAGUAACCCAACUAAACAAAAACCAAACACUUAAAUAAACUGUAAAGCUUUAAAAAAAAAUGAUAUCCAGCUAAUCUGGUAUCUGGCAUACAGGUGUUAAAGUGUGCUGUUUUCACCUGAAUACCUCGGAAAUUAAUCGGGUGCUAUCCUGUGUAGAAUUGGGAACUUUAAGUAGUUAAAAAGUACUUUGUAUAUGCUAUCUAAUUUUAAUACUGCAGUAUUCUCAUUCUUUUCUACAUAAAAAUAGCAAACAUUGUAAAAAUCGUUUGGUUCUCAAGUAAAAAGGAGUUGAAAACCUGCUAUUCAAUGAUACAGAGUUUAAAUAGUUGAGGCCUUGUGCUGACAGGCCAUAGCUUAAAGUCUGUAAGCCAAUUGAAAAUCUAAGUUGUAUUGUUAAUUCAAGGAGGAAAGUGAUACUAUAUUUUUGCAUGUUUGGAUGUUUCCGUGUACACUAGUUCAAAUUCUAAUCAUGAUCAUUCUUGAGCCAUGUUUGCAGGCUUCAGCCGCAUAAAGGUGUGUGAAACCAGAUUUUCUUUGAUCAAGUGCCUCAUCUGUGCUUGGCAGCACUUCCCAACCUGGCAAAAUUUGGAAUUAUAAGUUGUCUAAAUCGCAGCAAUCAAUGGUGUAAUGCAUUCAUACACCAAUAUUACUGGAAAACUCAAAUAUUGGUGAUCUUUACCUACAAGCUAUUUGCGGUUAGUUCACUGUUGAUUCAUGAUUUAUAGAGGAGCAAUUUUUGAAUGAACCUAUUAUAUGACAUUUAGUUUAGUAUGGUUUUUUUGAUGUCCAUACACUUGUUAUCUUGUAAGUUAUGCAUUUUCUUAAUGCCAUUUAAAAAAUGUUGAUUCCAAAUCAACAGGAUUUGCAUCCUUCUCCAAUGCAAAACUGCAUCAGCCAUCGAUUGUCUUAAAUGAACAAUUAUAUUUUGCAAACAGAAGCUGCCUAUUAUCUAUUAUCUCCCUAUUAUCAUCUCCUUUUUGCUGAAAUUGAAUAUUACAUCCUGGAGAUACAACAUAAUAAGCUUCUAAACUUCAUUAUAUGGAACAAAUUUGAAUGUUCCAUUUCCAGAUUAGACUUGAAUUAAAAUGGCUACUAUCAUGGUAAGUUGAGGAAUCUUGAUCAAGAACAUGUUUUGAAACACCAUUGAAAUUAUUUAGUUACAUUAGCUGACAGUUUAAAUAUCAAAUUGCUAAAUAUUUUCUACUUUGAAGUGUCUGGAGUAUUCAAAUUUCCAUAAUUAGUUUCUAAUAAAUUGUGAGAUUGGCACAUGAAUAACAUUAAUUCAACAAGAUCCUUGGCUUCAGCUAUACAUUACAGUAAUUUUAAAUCAUAAUUGGAUACAGAGCAGCAGAUUGAAUAGUUUGUGUUCUUAUUUCAAAAGUAGAAGGGGAAACCUUUUUCAAUAUCUGGUUAUCUCUCUCUUGUGUUUUAUUUUUGGACUACUUUGUGACCUAGGAAUUUAGCAGCCUGCAUGGUAAUCAUGUUUCUUUUCCAUAAUUUUACAAUAAAGUUUAUUUGUUUAGAUUGUGCUUCAAAGCAACCUCUUAAUUGUUUUUCAGAAUGGUUUCGUAGUUUUAGUUAUUUGAGUUGGUUUAAUUGUAAACAUAUUUUGAGUUUAAAAUGUUGGAAAAUGUGGAAAUAAGAUUUGCACAGGAACUGUUAAAUUGUAUUUCAUAAUUAAUAAUUCUGAAUGUCAGUUCUAAACUCUUAGCUUUGCUUGGUAGCCUAAAGAUCAGGAAGUCUCAGUCGUCUCUAAUUGUCUCUUACAGACUGUGAGUGUUUCUUUUUUACUGAUUAAGGUCUGCAUCUGUUGUCAUUGGAAGUUUGGCAACAUUUCAACCAUUAUUCACAUUAUCUAAAUAAAUACUUGGAAGUUUUUAAGUGAUCAAAAUAGCCCAUCAUUACUGACACUAGAUUUGAUUUGUACGCCUAAAUUGAUCUGCAGUGACAGGCAUUGGGGUUGAUAAGGAGGGGUAGGGAAGGAGGAAGAUUGUGAAGGGUUUUAAUCAAGGAGAACAUUUCAGAAAAAUCAUAAUUUGUAGCCUUGCCAUCUACAAUAGGAUUCUGUUAAAUGAAUGUUCAGGAUGGAGUGAGAUGCAUUUCACAACUGUAAAAAAAUUAUUAAAUUUGCUUCAGUGCAAUGUUUGCUGUACUAGUUGCAACUGCAGCUUUGCUUUGCCUCAUAGGCGAUUCAAUAGCAGGAAACACACUAUAGAAUAAGAUUAGCAGCUUUGUAAUAGUUUAGAAUUUUGCUUAGAAUUGAUGUAGUAUUUUUCCUUUAGUUGUUUUAUCGUUGGUAUUUUACACGUGAAUAUCUACUUAACAUCAAUUUUGCAAUAUAAUGAAAUUGUGUAAAGUUGGUAAGUUUCUUUUGUUAAUUUGCUAGCUAUUCACUGUGCUGUUGUCGUAUGUAUAGUUACUUAUGAAGAUUUUGUAAUGUUCAUGCCAAUUGCCUGAAAAUACUUGUUUGGCCUAAUCACUUUAUAUUUAAGCAUUCAAAUGCUAAUCACAAAUGGAUAAAUGGACAUUUUGAGUAUAAUUUCUAUCCUUUUAUGUACAACCUUGUUUGUCUCUGUCUUGAAAGGACAUUUCUCUCCUUACAAAGCAGAGUUGUAUAAAAUCAUUUUCCUUGUGUCUUGUUUCUUACAAUUUUAGCAUGGCGGGGUAGGAGUGGGAAUUAAAGAACUUCCCCUUUUAAAUGGGGUGAAUUCUGACCAAACUGUUUGCUCAUUGUUUUUGCAAUGCUGUUUAGUGUCUGAAUGAAGCAGUUCUGUGCUUUGUUAAUGAAAAUUGCACAACCAGGUCAAAGCUUUAGAAAUAAAAACUCAUUUAUAUUC